AUGAGAGGUUUAUCUGGAAUUUUAUUAAAUGAUAAAAAAAUUCCAACGAUUCGCGAGGACAACCAGAAUUCAGAAAAAAGUACCAGCGGAAACAGUGAUUGUGAAAUAAGUUAUACAGAAGAAUCUACAUCGAAUUUAUCGGAAUAUGAAGAAGAAUUUAAAAAUGUUUGCGAUAAAAUUCAGAUUCUGAUGAAUGAAAUUAUCGCAUUGAAAAGACGAAUUGAAAAUAGAGAACAAAAAAUGGAAAUGUGCUGUGAAAAAUUAGAAUUAUUCGAGCAAGAAGGAUAUGAUAUUUGUGAAUUUGAAGAAAUAAGAACAUAUCGGAUGCAAAAUAAAAUGAAAAAUAUAGAUAAUGCUCUUGAUAAGAUUGAAAAUCAAUUAGAAAAUUUUUUAAUGUAUAAUCAACAAUAA